UAAAUUGAGGCUCAAAAAGUAGGGUUUUAGGGUUUGCUUUAUAAAGUCCCGUUGUUUUGGCCCUGUCAUUCUUGCCUGCUCACUUAGCCAACAGACACAUUCGGCUGCGUCAAUCUUCAAGGAGCGCGAAAGAAAGAAAUCGAGGCAUUAAGAAUGUCGGGUGAAGAGGCUCCUGUUGCGGUUGAGACACCUGCCCCUGUUCUUGGGGAGACUAUGGAUAUCAUGACAGCCUUGCAACUCGUGCUGAGAAAAUCGCUUGCUCAUGGUGGGCUUGCUCGUGGCCUUCAUGAAGGUGCAAAAGUGAUUGAGAAGCAUGCUGCCCAGCUUUGUGUACUGGCAGAGGACUGUGACCAGCCUGAUUAUGUUAAACUGGUUAAAGCUCUUUGUGCUGACCACAAUGUAAACUUGAUGACAGUUCCUAGUGCAAAGUCACUAGGCGAGUGGGCUGGUUUGUGCAAGAUUGAUUCAGAGGGCAAAGCCAGAAAGGUUGUUGGUUGCUCCUGUGUUGUUGUGAAGGAUUUUGGCGAGGAUCAUGAAGCUCUUCAUAUUAUUAGGGAGCAUGUCAAGUCUCACUGAAUAGCUAGCAAUGGUUCUAUGUUUCGUGGGAUGUGAUGUGAUGUUUUGUCCCUAUAGACUUUUCCUUUUUGUUUAUUUGGUGGAAUUUCACUAGGAGUUUUCUCGAGUGUUGCUAUAUCAAAGUUACUUUGUUCUA